AUGCCCCCGCUGAGGCAAGAGAUGGGCUCCGCCUCACGUGACCCGUCGAGUGAAUAUCAAAUCAUUGGCAACUAUGCAAUGGGUGAAACUAUUGGGAAGGGAAGUUUCGGCAAAGUGAAAAAGGGUCGGCACCUUCCAACAGGAGAGAACGUUGCAAUUAAGAUACUCAACCGCAAGAAGCUGAAGAGCGCCAAUAUGGACAAAAAGGUCUUUCGUGAGAUCAAAAUACUGAAGCUAUUUUCCCACCCUAAUAUUUGCCGGCUCUAUGAAGUGAUCUCUACCCCCACUGACAUGUACCUUAUCAUGGAGUACGUUGAGGGCGGCGAGCUCUACGAAUACAUUGUGAAAAAGGGCAUGUUGAAGGAAGAUGCAGGGAGAUACAUUCUGCAACAGAUUGUUUGCGCGCUUGAGUACUGUCACCACUUCCUCGUCGUGCAUCGCGAUCUCAAGCCGGAGAACAUUUUACUCGGGCCUGGGAUGCAGGUGAAGUUAAUUGAUUUUGGUCUCUCCAACAUCAUGAAGGACGGGGAGUUUCUAGCAACAUCUUGUGGGUCGCCGAACUACGCUGCACCGGAGGUAAUUUCGGGCAAGAUGUACUUCGGCCCUGAAGUGGAUGUGUGGUCGUGUGGUGUCAUUCUCUACGCCCUACUGUGCGGAUGCCUGCCGUUUGAUGAAGAAAGUGUCCCAUUGCUUUUCUCUAAGAUCAAAAAGGGGCGCUACAGUAUACCCUCACACGUCCCACCCGGCGCACGUGAGUUGAUUGAGCAGAUUUUGGUCGUCGAUCCCCUUGUGCGUCUGACGAUACCUCAGAUUCGCGACAACGCGUGGUUCAAUACCAACCUUCCCAUACGUCUGUCGUACAAUGAAAGUGUUUUCUUGGUGCGGGAAAAGCGUAUCUCUCCGACUGUCGCCAGUCGGGCGGCAAAACUUCUCGGCAUGCGGGACCGAGAUGUGCGUAAUGAGAUUGAAGGAGGAAGUGGGCCUGGUUUUGUAGCUUACAGCAUUCUUCUUGAUGUGGAGCGGCGCAAGCAGAUCAUCGCGGAGUCGGAGUCCCUUGCAGUGGACGACGAAACGCCUGACAGCUCCAGCAGUGUUGCGACACACGUCGUCAAGGCAACGGAGCGCGAGCUUAACCUCGGGCUGAUGCUCACGCAGAGCCCUGCGAUGGAGAUGCUCCUGGAUGUGGGGGACGCCACCUCUAACAAACGCGCCUACAACGGCGGCAACUUCCUGCCAGUGUCGGUGCAGGAGACACGGACGUUCAACGCAUCUAUGCAUACGCCAGGGUCAAAUGGUGCCUUUAGCAUCUCGAAGCGGCCGGAGUCCCUUGCGGAUGUUUCCAACCCGUUUGGCUCGAGUUUUAUUGGAAGUGGAAAUAGCAUGCAUCGCCCAUCUGUGCUCGGCACGAGCGGGCGCUGGGGAUCUGGCGGUGCACUUGGCGCAAGCCUCAGCGAACGUCAGCGCGUCGGGUCCGUGGCGAAGUCGCAUAUGAUGUACACACAGGAGGAAGAAGAGUUUAUUGUGAAGCACAAUGUUGGCUGGCGUGUUGGUUUGAUGAGUGACUUCAACGCUGCCACUUCACUGAGUGUUAUAUACAGCAUCUUGGUGUCCUUCUCGAUGGAGUGGAAGGUGCUGGCGCCAUUUAGUCUGCUUAUUCGCACAACGCCCAGCACGUGGUCAAAGAUUGGUCUCUCGGUGACAAAGUCACUGACGCCGCUCUCUCUAGCAGUCUCGGAGGUUCCUGAUAACGGCGCCGCUUCUGAGGGAGCAGGAGAAGCCGAGGUCCCACCGCGGGUGAUUUUAGUUCUUUACCUUUUCCGAAUUCACGAGAAACAUGACAAGGGUUACUUGGUGGAUUUUAGCGUUGUGAGAGGGUCGUUUCUGGCGUUGGACGUCGUGCUGCGCCUUUCCGCGGCGCUCAUUCAGCGCAUGGGCUGA